ACAAAGGCAGCAAGCUUGAAACAAAACUUGACUCAGCUGAUCCACCACCCACCUCCCACUCCUCCUGGUCCCCAAGUUGUAGCUCAUAUCAGGAAUUCAAGCCAUAAGCUCUCCUUUGGAAGACAACCCAGCAAAAGAAAGCGGUGCAUAGUUGGAGGUAUGUAGGAAGGGGGUAUCAUCCUUUGCUUCCAUGCAACCAAGUGAGAAGAACACAGUUGCAGAAUCUGACUGAAGAUCCAUCUCCCACCAGAAUCCUAAUCCGACCAAAAAGCAAUCUAAAUCCGACAUGGUAGGCACCAACUACCCGGCUGUUAUGUCCUUAAAGUUAUUGUAUUGCCAUGUCCAUGGCCGUGUCACGUGGGCAUACGUAGGGAUCUCCACCAUGGUUGUGGCUUGCAUGUGGCUCGAGUCUCUUAAAGGCUUUAGAUGAUGCACACCGGAAAACAUAGACCGCGGUAAAAGGAACCAAGCAUGUGUGGCUUGAAGUCUAUCCUCAGCGAUGGACCCAGAAGAGACACACUUUAGGUCACGGGCUAUGGAUUCUCUCAUUAGAUGUCUUGUUCCCACGUCAUUUAUGGCUGCAAGGGGCACAUCGUUUCCAUCCCACAUGCAGCUUGGUUCUUCUUGGAACUCCUCCUCCUCCUCCUCCUCCUCCUCCCUGUGAGAAGAGAGGCAAAGCGUGUUUGUUUCUUCUGCUGUUGUGUUCUGCCAUGGGAGGCCGCUCCAGCUUCCUCCGUGUCGCCCUUCUCACGUUCUCGUUGGGGUUCUAUUUCGUCUCAUGUUGUGUUGGGUUCGUCGAGGGCGGCUACAGCAAUGCCACGAAGAGGAAGAGGGUCCCCGUCCGGCACCAGCUCUCGCUGGACUUCUACGCCAACACCUGCCCCCACGUCGACCAGCUCGUCGCCUCCGUCACCGCCCGAAGGUUCCGUGACUCGCCGGCGUCCGGUGCCGCCACCAUCCGCCUCUUCUUCCAUGACUGCUUCGUCGAAGGCUGCGACGCGUCCAUACUGAUCGCGCCGACCACCGGCGGGAAGGUGGUGGUGGAGAGGGACGUGGAGGACAACAAGAACCUGGCGCCCGAGGCGUUCGAGACAGUGGAAAUGGCCAAGGCGUUGGUGGAGAGCAAGUGCCCCGGCAUGGUCACCUGCGCCGACAUCCUUGCCAUGGCUGCCAGAGACUUCGUCCGCCUGGCAGGAGGGCCGAACUAUGGCGUGAAGAAGGGGAGGAAGGACAGCAGAGUGUCGAUGGCGGGGAAGGUGAGGGGUAACCUCCCUCGAGCCAACUCCACGGUGGACGAGCUCAUCCGGCUGUUCGCGGCCAAGGGGUUUCGCACGGAGGACCUGGUGGCGCUGUCGGGGGCGCACACCAUCGGCUUCUCCCACUGCGACCAGUUCGUGAGCCGACUGUACGACUUCCGCGGCACCGGGGAGCCCGACCCCUCGAUCGACCUGCGGCUCCUCAAGGCGCUGCGGAUGUCGUGCCCCCGCUCCGGCGGCAACAACGACGUGGUGGCGCCGUUCGACGUGCAAACCCCCUUCUCCUUCGAUCACAUGUACUACGGCAACCUGGAGGCCAAGAUGGGGCUGCUGGCCACGGACCAGGCGCUGUUCCUGGACCCGCGGACGAGGCCUCUGGUGCAGGGCCUGGGAAGGGACAAGGUCAGGUUCUUCGAUGCCUUCGCUGCGGGCAUGGAGAAGAUGGGAUCCAUCAGGGUGAAGAAGGGGAAGACGGGGGAGAUCAGGAAGGUCUGUAGCAAGCACCUGGCAGCUUGAUGUGCAUGGUCUUUUGUGUAUUGGCCUUGCUCUAGUCACUUUUUCUACUUCCAAAGGUAUUCAUUUGUUGAUCUGUGCGCCUCACUAUUCUUUGCUUCCUUGUUGAACCGAUCUCCUCUCUCGAACAAAGAGAUGCUGCUGCGUCUGUUCAACUGAA